GUUGCUUUACGUGGCUGACUGAGCUGCCUGCAUCCCCACUGCCACUUUUGUUUGUCUUCGAUUUUAAUACAGAAUUUCUCUGUAUAAAAACUAUUUUUCCUUUAGAACUUGUAAUCUAAAUUAAAGCUUGGGUUAAUUUUAUUACUAAGUAACAAUGGGGCUGUGUAAAUGUCCAAAGAGAAGAGUUACGAAUCAGUUUUGUUUCGAGCACAGAGUUAAUGUUUGUGAAUAUUGUAUGGUGACGAGUCACCCGAAGUGUAUUAUACAGUCAUAUUUGCAAUGGUUACAAGACAGUGACUACAAUCCCAUAUGUGAAAUUUGCACAAAAUCUCUCAGUGAGGGCGAGUGUAUUCGACUUACUUGUUAUCAUGUAUUUCACUGGGCAUGUGCUGAGGCUAAAUAUAGGGCUUUGCCCCGCACUACUGCACCAGCGGGCUAUCAGUGCCCGUCCUGUGCCACUCCUGUGUUCCCUCCAUCCAACCUAGUCUCCCCUGUCGCUGAUGAGCUCCGAGAAAAGUUGGCUGGAGUCAACUGGGCUAGAGCUGGCUUGGGUCUACCUCUGCUCUCAGAAGACCAAGACAUGAAAGGCGCAGCUGGACGUCGGUCCCAAUCUCCAAUUGACCAUCAUUCUCCAUUCUAUACAAGCACAGUGGACAACCCUCGGGGCACACCAGUGGGAGCUAGUGAUGACGAGUCUACCGGCCGGUCCGCCAACGGCACUCCACAUUCCAUCGUCCAGAUAUCUGAUGAACCAGUCAACAUUUAUGACAGCUCUUCUCUAAAGAGGACUGACAGUUUACAAGGUGGUCAAGCUCCAAGGAAAAGCAUUAAAACAAAUGAACCAUUGAAAUUGACUACAAACUAUGAUCACGAUGAAAAUAAGUACAAGCAGAAAUCUACUUUCGCCUGGAUCAGUAGAUGGUGGAAGAACUCGCUCCCAUCUUCUCGAGUGCGAAGAGCCGGAGGCAUCUAUAGACGUUAUUGGAUCAUGCUGUUUGUUCUGAUAGCAAUAAUAGUAGUCCUAGUGCUACUCAGCCGCAGAGACGUCGAUGAUGAGAACCCCUUCGCUUUCAUCCAGGACGAUAACCAGAGGGUACUACAGAAAAACUGAUACCUCAUAUUUAUUCUCUAAAUCAAGCAAUUUAAAAAGUGAUAUAUACUAAACCCAAUUAGAUGUAUUAUAUUAAUUUUAUUUUCACUUAAUAAUAUUAUGUUAACUUAAUUAUUCCAUAACGUAAUGAAUAAUGAUAAGAUGUUAAAUAAAGUUUCAAAAGUCAGGC